AGCUUGUAAUUCUGUUCUGCAAAUCGCAUCUAACAUUGUUUUUCUUCCUGUCUUCACUUGUCUCCUCACUGAAUCGAAGAAGAAGCGAUAGACACUGCGAAUUAAAACCCUACACAAUGGCGUUCGAAAUGCCAUUAGAUCAGAUAAAGCAGCUCCGGAUUCUGCUCCGCAAAGAGGCGAACCUCUCGUGGUACGAACCCGAGAAGGAGGAAAAUCUUUCGCUCCCGAAGCUUCCAUCCGUCUCCGAAACAAUAUCGAAGUUGGAUCCCUCGCCGUCUUAUCUUCGCUGUAAGAAUUGCAAUGGCAGACUCAUAUGCGACGUGCAAUCUUUCGUCUGCGUGUUUUGCGGCACGAAUUCCCGCAAGGACCUCCCACCUGAACCUAUCAAAUUCAAGAGCACCAUUGGCUAUCGGUGGCUACUCGAAUCCCUUCAACUCGAUGGAUCGGAGAUGGUGGCACCAGUGAUGGAUGAAAAUGAAUGGAACAGGGGGAGGAAUGAAUCAAAAGAUGAGAUUCCCCUAUCUGAACUGCUGGAUUUGGAAAUUAGAUGGCCUUCCGAGGCUGAGAUAGCUCAGUUGAGUACUUCAGAUUCUGCAGCUUUUCUGGGAAGAAGUUCAUUAAGUUUGGCUGGAGUUGAUCUUGAUAGUUAUUUUGACCGGAAAGAAUCUGAUUCAGAUGUGUUUGAACAGAACUUGGCUUCUGGAAGACAGGUGGGUACUGCUAUAGAUAACACAUUCCAAGCGAAUGAAAAUCUUAGUUUGUUUCAGAAUGUACAAGCUUCAGAAGUGGCUUCAGGGUCUGCAGAAAAUCUGAGUGGUGACUCGUUUUCCAGUUGGGAGGCCAGCUUUACAUCAGCUAGUUCUGGUCCUAUUCACAAAUUGUCCAAAUCUAUUGAUCAUUCUAAAGUUGAUUUGGAUACAGCACCUGGAUUCUGGAAAGAUUCCGUUGGUGGUAAGGAGAAUGACAAUUUCAAUCCCUCAGCAUCCACAGAACAUGAUUAUUUUCAGGGUGAUGGAUCGAGAACUUCAAACUCUAUGUUACAUGCCGAGACUGGGAAAUCAGAAUCGACCAUUGAUCAUAUUGGUACUAAAACAACGGACAGUGCUAGUGGUUCUAGUAGAAAUCUUGAGUGGAUGCAAGAUGACCUAAGGCAAGGGAGUGAUAACAAGACAACUGAUCCCGUGGCUAAUGCUGAAGAUAAAUUUUCAUUUGAUGAAUGGAAUGAUUUUACUGGCUCAGCUAGCACACAAGACCCUUCUAGUACUGCUACCAGCUCAAAUACAACUGGCCAGACUGGAAAUAUUGGCUUUUCUGUUGAUUUUAAUGAUGCCAAAAUACCGGAGGAUGCUAAUAGCUCUUCCAACAAGGAUUUUUAUUGGAUGCAACAUCAGUGGCAAGAUAGCAAUAAUAAAACAACAGAUACCAUCAGUGCUAAUGCAGCUGUGGUCUCAUUUGAUUCAUGGAAUGACUUCACUGGCUCAGUCAAUACACAACAUUCAUCCUUUGGUGUAUCCAACUCAGAGAUAAUGAACCAGACUGAUACAUUUGAAUUGACCCAGGAUCGUAAUGAUACCAGAACAGCUGAAAGUGCUGCUGGUACUUCUGGUAAUUUUGAUUGGAUGCAAGAUGACCAGUGGCAGGGCAUUGAUACCAAGGCAACUGGUAUUGUGACUACUAAUAAAUUGGCUGAUUCGUUUGAUGCAUGGAAUGAUUUUACUGGGUCAGCUAUUUCACACAAUCCUUCCAGUGUUGUUUCCGACACUUUGAUUACUGCCCAGACUGGGACAUCUGCUGAAGUUACUGCUGAUCUUAAUGACAUGAAAACAGAAAAGGGUACUAAUGUUUUUGCUCAUGAUAGUUUUGACUGGAAUCAAGAUAACCAAUGGCAAGACAGCAACAACAAAACAAAUGAUACCAGGACUACUAAUGAUAUUGAUUCAUUUGAUGAUUGGAAUGAUUUUACUAGCUUGGCCACUACGCAAGAUCAUUCCAGCAAUGUUUUGAACCAAACUGCAAAUCAGACUUCUGCUGAAAGGACAUCUGAAACGAAUUUACUCAGUUUGUCAAUCGGAUCACAAAAUAUAGAAUUUAGCGGGCUUCCACAGCAUGAUUUAUUUCCAGGACAGUUUGGUAGUUCACCGAGUUCUCUUCAAGCUGCUUAUUCCAACAGUGUGGCUGAAGUGGAUGUUAAGAGAGAAAACCCUGGAGAUGUUUCCACUGCAGUAGGGUCAAAAGAUGACGUAGAGAUGCUGAUGUCACAGAUGCAUGAUCUCUCCUUUAUGCUUGAGAACAAUCUUUCAAUUCCCCCAAAGUAAGGUGUAACUAAAUUAUUUUCUUGUAGUCCAUAUCCAUUUAUUUGUUCGCUUGUAUUAUGAUUACUUUUGUAAUCUGUAGUAUAGCCCGUUCUUUCUGGAAAUUUGUUCUUUGUGGAAUGAGUAGGGGAAUAAUAUGGCUUUGAUUCUGAUUUCCAGUUUUCCCUUGAUAAUUUGUAGAAUGCUGUUACUACUGUAUAUUAUCUGGCAGUUUAUGCUU